AUGCCGUUCGGUCUUAAAAAUGCCGGUGCAACUUAUCAGAGGGUGAUGAACACUAUCUUUCAUGAAUAUAUUGAGAAAUUUAUGCAAGUGUAUAUCGAUGAUAUUGUAGUAAAGUCGAAAUCUGAGGAUGUUCAUAUCGAACAUCUUAAGUUGUCAUUUGAAAAAAUGAGAAAGUACGGCUUGAAAAUGAACCCACUCAAGUGUGCCUUUGGUGUAAUUGCAGGGAAAUUUCUGGGAUUCAUUGUUCAUAAAAAGGGCAUUGAAAUCGACCAGAACAAGGCGAAAGCAAUCUUCGAUACUCAACCACCGUCGAAUAAAAAACAGUUACAAUCUUUGUUGGGCAAAGUCAAUUUCUUGAGAAGGUUUAUCAUGGAUCUAAGCGGGAAAACCAAGGUAUUCUCCACAUUGCUUCGACUCAAGAAAGAACAAGAGUUUCAAUGGAUGGAAGAGCAUCAGAAGGCGUUUGAGGAAAUAAAAGCCAGCUUAACAACGGCACCAGUCAUGGCUCCUCUCAUUCGUGGGAAGCCAAUGAAACUCUACAUUUCGGCAUCAGAGGAAACUAUUGGCAGUGUGUUGGCUCAAGAUGAUGAAGACGGAAUCGAAAGGGCUAUAUAUUAUUUGAGCCGAAUCCUUAAUGAUGCCGAAACUAGAUAUAGUUUAGUAGAAAAAUUGUGUUUAUGUUUGUAUUUUUCAUGUACUAAACUUAAAUACUAUAUUAAACCCAUUGAUGUAACUGUUAUUUCCCAUUAUGAUAUAAUAAAGCAUAUGCUGUUCAAGCCCAUUCUUCAUAGUCGAAUUGGAAAGUGGGCGUUGGCCCUUACUGAGUUUUCUUUAAGUUAUCAACAUUUAAGGGCUAUGAAAGGCCAAGUAAUAGCUGAUUUUUUGGUUGAUCAUAGUGGGUCGAAAGAACAGGAGACGGUGGUAACGUUGAAACCUUGGGAAAUGUAUUUCGAUGGUUCGAGGCAUAAAAAGGGGACCGGGAUAGGUAUCUUGGUAAUUUCACCCCAAGGAAUCCCGACAAAAAUUAAGUUGGGCAUCGAAGGUGAGUGCUCGAAUAAUGAGGCGGAGUAUGAAGCUUUAUUGAUAGGGCUCGAAACGGCUCUAAACUUGGGGGCUAGAGAGCUCUUAAUUCGUGGAGAUUCAGAGUUGGUUAUUAAGCAACUAACGGGUGAAUACCAAUGCGUUAGUGAGAAUUUAAUGAAAUAUCAUUCGAAAGCAGUUAAAAUGUUAAGAAGUUUUGAUGAAGUCGAAUUAUGUCAUAUCCCUAGGAUCGAGAACGCUGAAGCGAAUGUUUUGGCACAAAUUGCGUCAGGUUACCGGCUACCUCGGAAAAAGUUUAAAGAGCUAGUAAAGGUCAAAAGAAAGUUCAUUCCUAGUUUUAAGGAAAGGAAAGUGGAGAUCGAGCAGGAGGUAUUGGUCAUUAGUAAUUUGGAUGAUAGUGAUUGGAGGAAACCUGUUGUAAAAUACUUGCAAAACCCAAAUGCACCAACAGACCGAAGAACAAAGUAUCGAGCUCUAAGUUACUUGAUUUUGGAUGACGAAUUGUUUAAAAAAGGGGUGAAUGAAGUUUUACUAAAGUGCCUAAGUGAAGAAGAAGCGUUUCGAGCAGUCAAGGCCAUUCAUGAUGGUGUGUGUGGGGCGCAUCAGGCUGGCCAUAAGAUGAAGUGGACAUUGUUUCGACAAGGAGUAUAUUGGCCAAAUAUGUUAAAAGAUUGUAUUGAAUAUGCCAAAUCUUGUGCCGAAUGUCAGAAGCAUGCUGGCAUCCAACAUGUACCGGCAAGUGAGUUACAUUCGAUUGUGAAACCCUGGCCAUUUAGGGGGUGGGCGUUGGAUUUGAUAGGUCAAAUACAUCCCUCUUCGUCUAAACAACAUGACUAUAUAAUAGUGGCCAUCGAUUAUUUCACUAAAUGGGUCGAAGCCAUUCCGUUGAGAGGUGUCGACCAAGAUACGGUUAUUAGUUUUAUUCAAGAACAUAUAGUGUUUAGAUAUGGGAUCCCUGAGACGUUAACUACUGACCAAGGGUCAGUAUUUACUGGGAGGAAAAUGGCUCAGUUUGCUGAGGAUUUUGGAAUAAAACUGUUAACCUCAACGCCAUAUUAUGCUCAGGCGAAUGGACAAGUCGAAGCAGCUAAUAAAGUUUUAAUUAACUUGGUUAAGAAACACAUUAGUCAAAAGCCGAGAAGGUGGCAUGAAACUUUGAGUCAAGUUUUAUGGGCUUAUCGAAAUUCGCCCAAAGAGGCCACUGGAGUAACCCCUUUUCGACUUACGUACGGGCAUGAGUCAGUUUUACCGAUCGAAAUAUGCUUACAGUCCGUUAGAAUUCAAAGGCAAUUCGAGAUUCCGUGUGAUGAUUAUUGGAAUAUGAUGUAUGACGAGUUAAUUGAAUUGGACGAGGAAAGAUUAAAUGCUUUAGAAGUUAUGAUUCGACAAAAAGAACAAAUUACUAAAAGUUAUAAUAAAAAAGUCAAGUCUAAGGCAUUCAACGUUGGAGACUUAGUUUGGAAAGUGAUCCUUCCAAUGGACAAAAAAGAUCGAGCAUACGGAAAAUGGGCCCCUAAAUGGGAAGGGCCAUUUAAAGUGAUCAAGUGUUAUUCAAACAACGCGUAUUCGAUUGAGGAAAUUGGAACGAUUGCUCGAAUAUUGACGAUAAAUGGAAAAUACUUAAAAAGGUUUAAGCCAGCGAUUCAUGAGAUAAAGAUCGAUAUAGAAAUGUAG